UUUUUGUCUCUUUCUAUGUAGAAAUCCCAGAAGAAAAUGUUUAAAGGAAAUCUUUCUGAAGUGACUGAGUUCAUCCUCGCUGGGUUAACAGACAAACCAGAGCUGCAGCUGCCUCUCUUCCUCCUCUUCCUAGGAAUCUAUGUGGUCACAGUGGUGGGGAACCUGGGCAUGAUCACCCUGAUACUAUUCAGUUCUCACCUGCACACACCCAUGUAUUAUUUCCUCAGUAGUCUGUCCUUCAUUGACCUCUGCCAAUCGACUGUCAUAAUUCCCAAAAUGCUGGUGAACUUUUUGGCAGUGAAGAACAUCAUCUCCUACCCUGAAUGCAUGACUCAGCUCUACGUUUUCAUUAUUUUUGCUAUUGCAGAGUGUCACACGCUAGCUGUAAUGGCAUAUGACCGCUAUGUUGCCAUCUGUAACCCCUUGCUUUACAAUACUGUAAUGUCCUAUCAAGUGUGGUCUUGGAUGGUAUUUGGAGUGUUCAGUAUAGCUCUGAUUGGUUCCACAAUUCACACAGUCUGCAUACUAAAAAUGCAUUUCUGUGAGGCUGAUACAAUAAAUCAUUACUUCUGUGAUCUUUAUCCACUCCUAGAACUCUCUUGUUCUGAUACUUUUAUUACUGAAGUAGUAGUUUUAUGUUUUGGUGUUUUUAAUAUCUUUGUUCCAACUCUGACGAUCCUAAGCUCUUAUAUCUUCAUCAUUACCAGCAUCCUCCAGAUUAAAUCCACUGAAGGCAGGUCCAAAGCCUUCAGCACCUGCAGUUCACACAUAUCUGCUGUUACAAUCUUCUUUGGUUCCCUUGCAUUUAUGUAUCUGCAGCCAUCAUCGGUCAGCUCCAUGGACCAAGGGAAAGUGUCCUCUGUAUUUUAUACCAUUGUCGUGCCCAUGCUGAACCCCUUUAUCUACAGCCUGAGAAACAAAGAUGUCCAAGUUGCUCUAAAUAAGUUCCUUGAAAGAAAGAUUUUCUUGUGA